GUCGCGGUGGGCGGCUCCCCGUGAAGCGCAGCCUCCUCUCUGGCCACUCCCGGCCAGCGCGCCGCCUCCGCCGCGCCGCCUCAGUGCGCCUCGGCCGCUGCUCCUGUACGCAUCUGUCCUCCGCGGUCCCGGUUCUGGAUGAAGGCAUGUAGGACGGGCUGUGGCGCUCCGAGCAGCAUGUAGCACCUGGGGCUGCGCGCACAUCGCCUCUUCGUCCUCCUCCUCUUCCUCUCGGCUCUGCGGGCUGCGCGCCUCCCGGAGCGAUCGUUCCUCCGGUCGGCGUCGCCUUCAGCGGGAUUUUUCGGGGCUCCUGUCCGGGGUGGGUGGGCGGGGGGGUUCGGCGCUCCGGCCUGGUGAAGAGGAGAAGAGGAGCGAGCCUUCAUCACCUCCCGGUCGAUGGUCGUUGAGGAAGCUUCCAUCUUGAGUCGCGCUUCUACCGACGGAACCAUGGCGAGCGACUCCCCGGCGCGGAGUCUGGAUGAGAUAGACCUGUCUGCACUACGGGACCCGGCUGGGAUCUUUGAGCUGGUUGAACUGGUUGGAAACGGCACCUAUGGGCAGGUCUACAAGGGUCGCCAUGUCAAAACAGGCCAGCUUGCUGCCAUCAAGGUCAUGGACGUCACCGGCGAUGAGGAAGAGGAGAUUAAAGCUGAGAUUAACAUGCUGAAGAAGUACAGUCACCACAGGAACAUUGCGACCUAUUAUGGCGCCUUCAUCAAGAAGAACCCUCCAGGAAUGGACGACCAGCUUUGGCUGGUGAUGGAGUUCUGUGGAGCCGGAUCGGUGACGGACCUGAUCAAAAACACCAAAGGGAACUCCCUGAAGGAGGAGUGGAUCGCCUACAUCUGCAGGGAGAUCCUCAGGGGAUUAACUCACCUCCACCAGCACAAAGUCAUCCACAGAGACAUAAAGGGGCAGAACGUGCUGCUGACGGAAAACGCAGAGGUUAAGCUGGUGGACUUUGGUGUGAGCGCCCAGCUGGACCGGACGGUGGGGCGAAGGAACACGUUCAUCGGGACGCCGUACUGGAUGGCCCCGGAGGUCAUCGCCUGCGAUGAGAACCCGGACGCCACGUACGACUUCAAGAGUGAUCUGUGGUCGCUCGGCAUCACAGCCAUAGAGAUGGCAGAGGGAGCUCCACCUCUGUGCGACAUGCAUCCGAUGAGAGCGCUCUUCCUCAUCCCCAGAAACCCGGCGCCGAGGCUCAAGUCAAAGAAGUGGUCCAAGAAGUUCCAGUCGUUCAUCGAGAGCUGCCUGGUGAAGAGCCACAGCCAGCGGCCGAGCACCGAGCAGCUGCUGAAGCACCCCUACAUCAGAGACCUGCCCAACGAGCGGCAGGUCCGAAUCCAGCUGAAGGACCACAUCGACCGGACCAAGAAGAGGCGGGGAGAGAGAGAUGAGACGGAGUAUGAGUACAGCGGGAGCGAGGAAGAGGAUGAAGAGCGGGACAUCGGAGAGCCCAGCUCAAUCAUCAACAUUCCCGGAGAGUCGACUCUGAGGCGGGACUUCCUGCGCCUCCAGCUGGCCAAUAAGGAGCGCUCAGAGCUGAUCCGGCGCCAGCAGCUGGAGCAGCAGCAGAACGAGGAGCACAAGCGCCAACUACUGGCUGAGAGGCAGAAACGCAUCGAGGAGCAGAAGGAGCAGCGGCGGCGGCUGGAGGAGCAGCAGCGCCGGGAGCGGGAGCUGAGGAAGCAGCAGGAGCGGGACCAAAGGAGGCGCUACGAGGAGAUGGAGCAGCUCCGCCGGGAGGAGGAGAGGAGGCACGCAGAGAGAGAGCAGGAGUAUAUCCGUAGGCAGCUGGAGGAGGAGCAGAGGCAGCUGGAGAUCCUGCAGCAGCAGCUCCUGCAGGAGCAAGCCUUACUGCUGGAGUACAAGAGGAAGCAGAUCGAGGAGCAGCGGCAGGCGGAGCGGCUGCAGCGCCAGCUGCAGCAGGAGCGCGCCUACCUGGUGUCGCUGCAGCAGCAGCAGGAGCCGCCGCGGCCGCCGCAGGACAAGAAGCAGCUGUACCACUACAAGGACCAGGCGCCGAGCAGCAACGACAAACCCGCCUGGGCCAAAGAGGUGAUGCGCCGCGCUCAGAGCAACUCGCCUCGCAUCCCGGCCAAGAAGUACCACUCCUUCAUGGAGACGCGGGACGUUAACAUGGACAACCUGCUGCUGUUGCCGGGUUACCGGCCGCCCAGGCCCCGCCCCCCGUCCUACCCGGUCCACGUCAGCCCGACCAGGGACCACCCGAACCAGCCCAGGAUCCGGAUCACCUGCCUGCCCGAGCCGAAGCCGGAGCCGGCCGUGUGGGACUCUGGCCCCGCACGGCCGGACUCCAGGGGCCGGAGCCCCACCCGCCGGGUGGAGGAGCAUUAUAAGAUGAACAGACAGGAUUCUCCUGCGUUGCAGCAUAAAGUCUCCAACCGGAUCUCCGACCCGGCCCUGCCCCCCCGAUCCGAGUCCUUCAGCAGCGGAGGGAUCCAGCAGGCCAGGACGCCGCCCAUGCACCGCUCCGUAGAGCCACAGAUGGCUCACCUGGUCCAGGUAAAGAGUCACGGCCUGUCGGGCUCCCAGUCCCUGUACGACCCCCACGGCGUGUCCUCUGCCUCCGCCUCGCCCUCCCCCUCCCGGCCCCCCAUGCCCCGGCAGAACUCCGACCCCACGUCCGACACCCCCCCUCCCCCGCCGCUGUCCCGCCUGGCGCCCCCCCUCGACAAGCUGGACCGCAGCUCCUGGCUGCGGCAGGACGACGACAUGCCGCCCAAGGUUCCUCAGCGGACCACCUCCAUCUCCCCAGCUCUGGUCCGGAAGAACUCUCCAGGAAACGGACCGGGCCUCGGCCCGCGGGCCGGAGCGCACCUCAUCCGGGCCAGCAACCCUGACCUGAGGCGGACCGACAUCUCCAUGGAAACGCCUCUGAAGAGGACGAGCAGCGGCAGCUCCUCCAGCUCCAGCACCCCGAGCUCCCAGGGAGGCUCCAACGAGAGAGGUAACUCUACUGCUAAAACCGACGGCUCCACGCUUUCCUCCCACGACGCCAAAGACGACAGCAGAGAGCUGACCCGGCCCAGCCGGCCCGCGAGUUAUAAGAAAGCUUUAGACGAGGACCUGACGGCUCUGGCCAAAGAGCUGAGAGAGCUGCGGCAGGGAGAGGAGACCAGCCGUCCGCCGGUCAAGGUCACGGACUACUCUUCAUCCAGCGAGGAGUCGCACAGCAGCGAGGAUGAGGAGGUAGAGGGCGGGGCUAAUGAUGGAUCGGUGGCCGUUAGCGACAUACCGCGGAUUAUGCCUCCGGCGAGUCAGAGCACCAACGAGUCCUUCGGCGUGAUGGGAGGUCAUAACGACGCCCACGGUGACCCGUACGGAGACGGCACGCAGGACAGCACGCUCAUGAUGCGGGAGUACGGGAUGGGAGGCAGCGGCGGCUCCAAGGCGUCCUUCACCCCGUUCGUUGACCCCCGGGUGUACGGGACCUCGCCGACCGAAGACGAUGAGAAAAACUCUGCUGCAGCGCUGUUUGCUGAUGAGCUGCUGAAACAGGAGCAGGAGCAGGCGAGGCUCAACGAGGCCCGGAAGAUCUCGGUGGUCAACGUGAACCCGACGAACAUCCGGCCGCACAGCGACACGCCUGAGAUCAGGAAAUACAAGAAGCGCUUCAACUCUGAGAUCCUCUGCGCUGCUCUGUGGGGAGUGAAUCUGCUGGUGGGGACAGAAAACGGCCUAAUGCUGCUGGACCGAAGCGGCCAGGGAAAAGUUUACAACCUGAUUAACCGAAGGCGCUUCCAGCAGAUGGACGUCCUGGAGGGACUCAACGUCCUGGUCACCAUCUCAGGGAAGAAGAACAAGCUGCGAGUUUACUACCUGUCCUGGCUGAGGAACAGGAUAUUACACAACGAUCCGGAGGUGGAGAAGAAGCAGGGCUGGAUCACAGUGGGGGAGCUGGAGGGCUGCGUCCACUAUGAAGUCGUGAAAUACGAGAGGAUUAAAUUCCUGGUGAUCGCUCUGAAAAACUCAGUGGAAAUCUACGCCUGGGCACCAAAACCUUACCAUAAAUUUAUGGCCUUUAAGUCUUUCACCGAUCUGCAACAUCGCCCCCUGCUGGUGGAUUUAACUGUGGAGGAGGGCCAAAGGUUAAAGGUCAUCUAUGGCUCCACUGUAGGUUUCCAUGUGAUUGAUGUGGAUUCUGGAAACCCUUAUGACAUCUACAUCCCCUCACAUAUCCAGGGUCAGGUGACCCCGCACGCCAUCGUGGUCCUGCCCAAGACGGACGGCAUGGAGAUGCUGCUGUGCUACGAGGACGAGGGCGUCUACGUCAACACCUACGGCCGAAUCACCAAAGACGUGGUGCUGCAGUGGGGCGAGAUGCCCACAUCCGUCGCCUACAUCCACUCCAACCAGAUCAUGGGCUGGGGGGAGAAGGCCAUCGAGAUCCGCUCCGUGGAGACGGGACACCUCGACGGCGUUUUCAUGCACAAACGAGCUCAGCGCCUCAAGUUCUUGACAGAGAGAAACGACAAAGUUUUCUUUGCCUCGGUUCGCUCUGGAGGCAGCAGCCAGGUUUUCUUCAUGACCCUGAACAGAAGCUCCAUGAUGAACUGGUAACCUGCCCCGCCCCCCGCUGGGAGCCACGCCCCUUCGCCGGAGGGACGAUGGAGGACAGUGUUUGUGCGUGUUUAUAUGUGUGUGUGUACUCAUGGACGACGACAACAACAAGCUGCUGACUGGACUGCACAUCUGGGGGAGGUGCUAAACCACAGCAGAGCGUCCCUACUUAGACAUCCUCACGCUGUAGGGGGCGCUGCAGGUCCUGUGGUUGGUGUGACAACCUGCAGAGCGAAGGUGACCCCACAAGGUCGGCGCUUUGGCCUGCUGGGCCGGACUGAGGGUGGAUCUGGAGCCUUUAAGGACCUGACCAGUAGCCUUUGAGUGGGGAGCUCUUUGUGUAGCACAUCAGUGACUUUCAUCCAGGGUGUUCACACUGCGAGUACACAGGCCUGCCUGCUGCAGCAAAACCCCACGGCUGUAGUUUAGUGAGUAAACAAAGUAGCAUUAGACAAAAAAACACCUGAGGAUGAGAUCAUAAAUGCACACAAUUUUACGAUUGUUUUCAUCUCACAAAGCCAGGAUGAUUCAUUAUUUCUGUUUUAUUAGAUUCUGUCUGAAUUGCUGACAUGUGAGAACAGAAACUGCUGGGAGAGAAAAUCCUUUUUGUUUCACUUUUAGGAUUAGAAAUGCACAACUUUAAGAAGCAACAAACAAAACGCACCAGAAUAUGAAAUGAUUCAGAUUCUGGGCGCCUCCUCAUCAAAUCUGACCAUCUUAAAGGGACAGUGACAGGAAAUCUUCGACCAUAACACAAAAAGAACGUCGCGACAUUUCACUGUUUCAGCCAUCACCGAUUAUAAAAAACCUGCAGCAAACUUUCAAUCUGAACUCUG